AUGAACAAAAAAAUGAUGAAUCAAGACUUAGAAGAUGAGCUCGCUCCAAAGCGUCAUGGAGCUGUCGCGCCUGAGACAGACACAGGCAUGACAGAAAAGGGUGACGACCGGCAACUGCAAGCCGCGUCGCUGCUAGAGACAGCGCUAGCCAAGUUCCGUCGGGAUGUGUUGGCGUACCACACUGCGACGAGGCUGGAGGGAGGGAAGCUCCAGCUAUACUGCCAUAUCACAGGCUGGUGGGCAGGGAGCGUCAAAACAACGCAUCUUGUCCCGAGGGGGGUGAAAGGGAAUGAACUGGCGUACCUUUUUGGAGAUGGGGAGGUUGCAGCCUUGGAGGAUCGGAAAAACGGUGAGCUGGACACUAUCCGGAUCACGCUACAUGCAAAAAUUGAAGAUGCCAAGGAUGCCCGAGUAAUUGCUAUAAUACCGAGCCUACCGGUAGAAAAAGCACAAACUCCAACACAAUGGAGAUGCGUCCUGACAAAGGAGUCAUACCGGGAUCGCAUUUUCAGUCGCGACUUGGUAGGGCAUGCUUCACGAUGGAAUGUAGGUGCAUUCUCGCGCUUGCCUCCUCGUACAAUCGGUCAUACCGGUCCAUUCUGUCGCUGA